AUGGCUGCUGCCGCUAUGAUGGUGCUAAUCCUGGUGGCGGUAUACCUGACGAUGCUAGCAUAUUACUUUCGUUAUCUGAACGAUUUUGACGGUAGGGUUAAAGAAUUUCUGAAACGGAAGAAAGAACUGAUACGGGCUAAACACCAGCUGCAAAAAGAUGUUGGAAGCAGGGAUGGUAUGGAGGCAUGGCUAAAGGAUGCGAAGGAUGUCCUGGAAGCAGUGACUACUCUGCAAGAUAAUAUACAAGAAAAGAAGAGGCGUUUAACUUCACGUCUCAAUUUGAUCCAACAUUUCCGCUUAAGCAAGAAAAUAGAAGAAGAGGAAAGAAAUAUUAAUUGUCUUUUACGCACUUAUUGGGAGAAUAAAUUCUUGUCAUCAAGUUGUUCCGAUCCUUCACAAUCUUUAAAAUCAGCUUUAACUGAGAUUGUGAAAGCAAUGGAGGAUAACAGUAAGAGCGUGAUUUCUGUGUGCGGGCAGAGAGGGGCGGGUAAGACGACCUUGGCCGGAGUAGUGGGGAAAGUGGCUGAAAAUUAUUUGAAGUUCAGAGUUGUACGGUUAGUUGUUUCCCAAUCUACAACAACUGAAGUAGUUCAAGAUACCCUUGCAGCUUUCUUGAAAUUAAAAUUUAAAAAGAAAACUGAAAAAGAAAGAGCAGAGAAGUUGCGGCUUAAAUUGGGAAGUGAACAGGGGAUCCUCAUAAUCCUUGACGAUUUUUGCAAGGAACUCAACUUGAAGUCUAUAGGAAUUCCAGAUCAAAUGAGGUGCAAAAUUCUUCUGAUUACAAGUGAUACCACAGUAUGUUCUUCUGUGGGAAGUUCGAAAGAAAUACAACUUGGGGCUCUUCAGAAAGAUGAAGCCUUGAAAUUAUUGGAAAAAAGCCUAAAUCGGAAAAUAUCUUCUGGAAUUAGCGAGGUGGCAAGUGAUGUUGCAGAGGAAUGCAAGCGUUCGCCUCUUGCAAUCAUAAUACUAGGAAGGGCUCUAAGAGGGAAAGGUUUGGAUGAAUGGAAAGAGGCAUUUCGAAGUCUGAAUUCAGAAUUGAAAGACGGAGAAAGCGAAGAAGUUAGAAUUGUUUACAGAAGUGUAAAGCUGAGUUAUGAUCAUUUGAAGGAUAAUGAGACCAAAAAAUUCUUCUCAUUGUGUUCUUUGUUUCCAAAAAAUGAUCCCGUUGCUCCGCAGGACUUGAUAAGAUACGCACGGGGGCUUGGGAUAUUUGAAGGCAUUGAUUCAAUUGAAAAAGUUAGCAAAAAAGUCAAAGGGGCAAUCGAAAAUCUCAAAAAUUCUUUUUUGCUGUUAGAGCAUGAGAAAGAACACGUUCAAAUGCAAAAUGGGGUUCUUGAAGCUGCUUUGCAGAUGAUAUCAAAAGAUGAGAGUUUCCUUAGGAUAAAAGAUGUGGUCGGCUUGUGGGAAAGACCAAACAAUGAAGACCUUGAGUCCUGUUCAGCAAUCUCUUAUGUGGCUAGCAAGCCAAAAAAGCUUCAUGACGAGGAAUUUCGAAGUGAAAAGCUUCAAAUUCUGUUUCUUGGCGGGGAAGGUUGCAAGACAAUAUCCAAUGAGUUUUUGCAACAUUUGAAAGCACUAAAAGUUCUUGCUCUCCGCCAUGGUCUUUUGUCAGCAAAUGCUCUUCAGAACUUGACAAACCUUCGAGCUCUACACUUGGAGCAUUGCAAACUGAAUGGCCUGUCAUCUCUAGGAAAGCUGAAGACACUGGAGAUUCUCAGCUUCCGAGGUUCUGAUAUCACGGAAUUGCCAGAUGUAAUUGAAGAAUUAGAUAAUCUGAGAUUGCUCGAUUUGUUUGAUUGUCAAAAGCUGCAUAGAAUUCCUCUAAACUUGAUACGGAAGCUAUCCCGACUAGAAGAGCUAUAUUUCAGGCACCGUAGUUUUGAAAAAUGGUGGUCUGAAGAGAAGAGUGCAGAAGGAAGCAAUCCUACCCCAUCAAAUAUCAUUUCACCUUCCAGUUUGGCAAUUGAGCCUCUUAAAUAUCAGAAAAGCAUUGAUAAAUUGUUUGACACAAAAUCAAGACCCUCGAAGGUUUCAGUAUUCGUACAAAAUCAAUCCAAGGAGUGGAAUCAGACAGUGAACUAUCUUCAUCGGGAUCAUAUUGUUUAUCACGAUAAUCAUGUUGUUCCAUACCUGGUUCAAGGUGUACAAACUGUGAGAGUAGAAUGCUGUGAUAAGUUCCAAGCAGUAUUUCAGGAUGGGUUCAUUCUUCGUGGCAUGGAAGAUAACUCUAAUUUGCUGCUCUCAGAUUUAACAUCCUUGGAGCUAGAAGAAUUAUCUCAGCUAAGCUGGAUAUGGUACGGGCAAACCAAUAAUGUAAGCCUCCAAAAUCUAAGAACUGUGAAGCUAAAGAAUUGCCAUCGUCUGAAAUAUCUCUUCUCAACGUCCAUUGCUCAAAGGCUGGAGCAACUGGAAACACUCGAGAUACAUGGCUGCAAUAAGUUGAAGCAAAUUAUUGCUGAAACGAGAGACGAUCUUGCUGUAAAUGAAACAAUACAUCCGUCCCUCCUCCGUCCCCUAUGCUUUCCAACAUUAACAACUCUCAAGAUUACUGGUUGUCCUGCAUUGGAAUACGUUUUCCAAAUCACAAAAGGUCAAAUCCUUCCAAAGCUUACACAGCUUGAAAUAGGCAGUUGCCUUGAAUUAGCACAAGUCUUCAGCUUUAAAGAUGCAGCGGACAGAGAGGAGGUCGAGGUGCCUCAGUUAGAAAAGUUAGCACUGAAAAACUUAAUAAGCUUGAAGACCUUUUGUUCGGAAAAUUGUUCUAUCAAGUUACCAUCAUUGGAAAAGUUCGAAGUGGGGGCAUGUCGCAGAUUCAGUAAUGAUGCCAUGUCUAAAGUGAUAGAGCAUUGUCGACUAAAGGAAUUUUGCCUCAUCAAAGUGGGAAAUCAAUUGUGUGGAGAGAUCUUUGAGCUUCCAGGUGGAUACGUCUUAUCAACUAUGGAGAAACUGAUAUUGAAAGAAAUAAAUAAGCUGGAAGCUAUAUGGAAAGAGCCCACCCAAAUUGUCACCCUUCAAAAUCUUACUCGUCUGGAAGUGUUCAAGUGCAAUAAACUGAGAACUAUAUUCUCACUGUUGCAUGCUCGAAAUCUGCUGCAGUUAAGCCAUCUAGUUGUACAACGAUGCAAGGACUUGGAGCAGAUCGUUGACUGGGAUCAGAUAUCAACAUCAACGUCUCGUCUCAAACCUGUAUACUUCCCUAAACUUAAGGAAAUAUUGAUUGAAAAUUGCAACAACCUGAAAAGUCUCUUCCCUGUGAGUGUAGCUCACCUACCAAAGCUCGAAACAUUCAGAGUUAACAGGGCAUUAAAAUUGAAACGAAUCUUUACACAUGAAGGUGAGGCCAAAGUCAAAAGUGCACAGGAUAUAGAGCUUUGGUUCCCUGAAUUGAAAUUAUUGAGCCUGGAAAAGCUGCCUGACCUCGUCACCAUCAGCCCGGUGGUUUAUGCAUGCGUAUUCCCAGUUUUGGAUAUAUUAGUUAAAAAAGAAUGUCCCUCCCUGGUUACACAAUUCACUAAGGCUGAAUCCAAGCCUAAUGUCUACGCCAAAACCAAAGUAAGAUUAUAG